AUGUCUCAAUUGGCCGAUAACUUUGUUUUCGCCGAAUAUCUCGAUGUUUGGGGCCCUCAAGCUUCAAACUCAAGCCCUUCCGUUAGCCCUUCUUCUACUCAGGCCCCCAGGCCAUCGUCGGUGGAGAGCCAAUCUUCAGGGUAUUCGUCCUACGACGACCCUUCAUCAUGCUACACUCCAUGGUCAACCGGCUCUUCCCCAGUCGAGCAAGACCGAUUUUACCCGGAACAGAACGGGUAUUAUGCUCAAACGGAGAUUUUUAAUGUGAGUUUACAAUUUUUUUUAAAUGAUUUUUUGAGUUUUUUUUUUUUUUAAAUUAAUUUCCAAUUUUUUAUUAAUUUUCAUUUUUUUAUUAAUUUAAAAUUUUUUUACUAUCUUUCAAUUUUCAGCCUCAAUUUUAUCCCUGCGCUCCUCAGCCAUACAGCCAAGGACAACAGCAAUAUCCAGCCCAGCCGUUCUUUUAUGGACAAGCCCCCCAAGUUCUCUAUGGAAUGCCCUAUUGGCCACAGCUUCAAGGCCAUAUCCCCCAUCCACAGCCUAACUACGAUGUGUGCUUCUGCGCACAUUGCAUGGAGAUGACCAGAAAAUCUUAUAAAAAGCGCUAA